UUCAAGGAGGCCCAACUCUCCUAGUUAAACAGUCCAGGGAGGACUGUACCUCCCAAGCAGGCUGUACCCCUGGCCUUGGCCGUCCUCCAGACGCCCCGGCUCGGAGUGCUCGUCGGCCGUCCCCGCCCCUGAGGACCUCCAUUUCCUACUGCGCCUCCGCCCUUUCGGCCCCGCUCGGCUUCCGUCCCAGAUGAUCCCUCCCCGGGGCGGCCACCGCCUCCGCCGCCGCGAGCAGGAGCCGCCUCCCGGGCCAGUGGCGUAGCCGAGUCGGCGUCCGGCCGGCGGUGCGAAGAGGACGGGACUCGGCGGGACCGAGCGGGGGGCCAUGGAGAAAGCGGCCCGCGGCGCUGCGCACACCGACUAGAGCCGGCGCCCGCCGCCGGAGUCAUGGACCGAGCGCCGGCCGAGCAGAAUGUCAAACUUUCUGCUGAAGUAGAGCCAUUUAUUCCCCAGAAGAAGAAUCUGGAUGCAUUUGUGCUCCCUAUGGCUCUCCCAAAUGAUAAUGGAAGUGUUUCUGGUGUUGAACCAACGCCAAUCCCCAGUUAUCUGAUUACCUGUUACCCAUUUGUUCAGGAAAACCAGUCCAAUAGACAGUUUCCUUUAUAUAACAAUGAUAUACGAUGGCAACAACCCAGCCCGAGCCCUACUGGACCCUACCUUGCUUACCCCAUUAUAUCUGCUCAGCCACCUGUGUCGACAGAGUACACCUAUUACCAGCUGAUGCCAGCACCCUGCGCCCAAGUUAUGGGCUUCUAUCACCCUUUUCCUACACCUUACUCCAGCACCUUCCAGGCUGCAAACACUGUCAAUGCCAUAACCACAGAAUGCACCGAGCGUCCAAAUCAGCUGGGGCAGGCCUUCCCAUUGUCCAGUCAUCGGAGCAGGAAUGGUAACAGAGGGCCGGUAGUGCCAAAACCACAGCUUCUACAACAACAUAUAAAAAACAAAAGACCACAGGUGAAGAAUGUGGCUACUCAGAAAGAAACAAGCUCAGCAGGUCCUGAUAGCCGAUCAAAAAUUGUGCUCCUGGUAGAUGCUUCACAGCAAACUGAUUUCCCAUCAGACAUUGCUAACAAGUCUCUCUCAGAGAGCACAGCAACCAUGCUCUGGAAAGCCAAAGGCAGGAGGAGAAGAGCAUCCCACCCUGCUGCCGAAUCCUCCAGUGAGCAGGGGGCCAGUGAAGCUGACAUCGACAGCGACAGUGGCUACUGUAGCCCCAAGCACAACAACCAGCCUGUGGCAGGGGCUCUGCGGAACCCUGACUCUGGGAGCAUGAAUCAUUCGGAAUCAUCAGGCUGUACAGGUGGUGUAAACUGGCCCAAAGUAACCUGCCAGGCAACACAGAAAAGACCUUGGAUGGAAAAACACCCAGCAUUUUCUAGAGGGGGCAGGCAAACUGAACAAAGAAAUAAUUCACAGGCUGGAUUCAGAUGCCGAGGACACAGUACUUCCUCAGAAAGAAGACAGAAUUUGCAAAAGAGACAAGACACUAAGCACUUAAGCUCUACUCAGUCUUACAGGAGUGAUCUAAAUUCUGAGUCUUUAUAUUUUGAGGAUGAAGAUGAGUUUCAAGAACUAAGUGAGAAUGGAAAUUCUAAAGAUGAGAAUAUUCAACAGAAACUUCCUUCAAAAGUAUUGGAUGACUUACCUGAAAACUCACCCAUCAAUAUAGUUCAGACUCCGAUUCCCAUUACCACUUCAGUUCCUAAACGAGCCAAGAGUCAAAAGAAGAAAGCAUUAGCUGCAGCCCUUGCCACAGCACAGGAAUACUCAGAAAUAAGUAUGGAGCAAAAAAAAUUACAGGAAGCUUUAUCAAAAGCAGCUGGGAAAAAGAAUAAAACCCCCGUGCAGCUAGAUUUAGGGGACAUGCUAGCUGCUCUGGAGAAGCAACAGCAAGCAAUGAAAGCACGCCAGAUCACCAACACCAGGCCGCUCGCAUAUCCAGUCGCUGCCGCAGCUGCUUUUCACACUAAAGACUCUGCUAACAGAAAGCCUUUAACCAAAAGUCAGCCCUGUUUAACGUCCUGUAGUUCUCUGGACAUUACUUCCUCUAAAGCUAAGAAAGGAAAAGAGAAGGAAAUUGCAAAGCUAAAACGACCCACAGCACUCAAAAAGGUUAUUUUGAAAGAAAGAGAGGAGAAGAAGGGACGUCUGACUGUGGAACACAGUGUUUUGGGCACAGAGGAGCCAACAGACACACAUUUGGACCUCACCAAUGACUUGCCUCAGGAGACUGUCUCCCAGGAAGAUACUGGACUGAGCAUGCCCAGUGAUGCUUCACUUUCUCCAGCAAGUCAGAACUCUCCAUACUGUAUGACACCUGUGUCCCAAGGCUCUCCUGCUAGUUCUGGCAUAGGCAGCCCAAUGGCAUCGUCAACGAUAACCAAAAUCCACAGCAAACGAUUUCGAGAAUAUUGUAAUCAGGUUCUCUCUAAAGAAAUUGAUGAAUGUGUGACCCUCCUUCUGCAAGAGCUUGUAAGUUUCCAGGAGCGCAUCUACCAGAAGGACCCUGUGAGAGCCAAGGCCAGGAGGCGGCUGGUCAUGGGGCUGAGGGAGGUCACCAAGCACAUGAAGCUGAACAAGAUCAAGUGUGUUAUCAUUUCCCCAAACUGUGAGAAGAUCCAGUCAAAGGGUGGCCUAGAUGAGGCCCUCUACAAUGUCAUAGCCAUGGCCCGGGAACAGGAGAUUCCUUUUGUGUUUGCCCUUGGAAGGAAAGCUCUGGGACGCUGUGUGAACAAGCUGGUUCCUGUUAGUGUUGUGGGAAUCUUCAACUAUUUCGGUGCUGAGAGUCUAUUUAAUAGAUUAGUGGAGCUCACUGAAGAAGCCAGGAAGGCAUAUAAAGACAUGGUUGCAGCAACGGAGCAGGAGCAAGCAGAGGAAGCCUUGAAGAGUGUGAAGACAGUGCCUCACCACAUGGGCCAUUCUCGGAACCCCUCUGCAGCAAGUGCUAUUUCUUUCUGCAGUGUCAUUUCUGAACCCAUUUCUGAAGUAAACGAGAAGGAGUAUGAAACUAAUUGGAGAAGCAUGGUGGAAACUUCAGAUGGCUUGGAAACGUCAGAAAACGAGAAAGAGCUUCCCUGUAAGCAGGGCCCUUCUGAGAAGCCCAGUAAACUCACACUCGACACAACCCCUGUGAGUAAGCAGCCACCGCUGGCUGCAGGCAGCACUACCUCAGCGCCAAGCCAGGGGAAGCCCGUAAGUGACAAGGACGAACUGAAGCCGGACGACCUGGAGUGGGCCUCCCAGCAGAGCACAGAGACGGGCUCGUUGGAUGGCAGCUGCCGAGACCUUCUGAAUUCCUCCAUCACCAGCACCACCAGCACUCUUGUACCCGGCAUGCUAGAAGAGGAGGAGGAGGAAGAAGAGGAGGAGGAGGAAGAUUAUACUCAUGAACCCAUAUCAGUAGAAGUGCAACUCAAUAGUAGAAUCGAGUCCUGGGUCUCAGAGACCCAGAGGACUAUGGAAACCCUUCAGCUGGGCAAGGCCCCUCCUGGCUCCGAGGAAGACACCGCAGAGCAGAGUGGAGAGGAGUGGGCAGAAGCACCUGAGGGGCUGGAAUCAGGAGUGGACAGUGAGAGCUGGACCCCUGAGCAGCAGCCGAAGCCCAGCAGCUCCGUGAACAAAGAGCACUCUGAUUCCAAUCCUGCUCCCCCAAAUCUCUAACUCAGGAAGUGUCGGCUGUCUCCAGCUGUGUCCAGCAGCAGCCAUGUCCCUGACGCUCCAGCUCACCGUUUUCCACUGUCCAGUUACUUACUAUGUUUUUAAUUCCCAACAGACCUUUUGUAGCUUUUACCUAUUUUGUUAGAUCUCUAGCUUCACUUUUAACUAGUGUUCAAAUCAAUUUCUAAGAAUUGUGUAGAAAAUUCAGACUUGUUUCAACUUACUUUGUAAUGAAAAAAUGAUUAAAGAAAGAAGACCAAAUUCUAAAGAAAUACAGCUAAUGGCUAUUUAAGGCUAUUUUACAAACUAAAGAUUAGGAUUAUAAGGACCAGUCUUUGAUUGCAGUCAUUUGUCUUGGAGUCAUGGAAGCUGCUUUUGAAAAGUGCUGGAGGUGCUGUCAGGGCCUCAAAGUUGCCCAGCACUCUUCAUUACAAAAUGGCUGCAGAUUUUACUUUGUUUAUUUCAGAAGGCACUGGUCAUUGUAACCCACAAAAGUCGGGAUGGGCUGAAACAGCCUGCAGGAGUUAGGCAAGCACUGGAGCGUUACCACCAACACUGGCCUCGCUUGUGGAAAGGGAUAGAUGUCUGUAAGAGCAAACAGUCACCAUGGUGCAACUUGCCGGGUUCUGUCUAACACUUGCCUCUUACCUCAGGAAUGCUCUUGUACAUAGUGUGUAAAGUUAGCAGACACUGAUAGAUGACUGGUGUACAGGUUUGUAUCACCACAGCGCUUCCCUGAGCACCCCCAGAAGCAAGACUGUCCUGCUGUGUCCUACUGCUCCGUUUUGCUUUAGGACCCUCUUGUUCUGAGGCGUGGAUCUGUUUGCAUGUUCAAACAAGUCCACAUUGAAAGUCAUUUCAUCUUUUUUUAAAUUGCACCUUCCUUAUGGCAAGAACCACAGUUACAGGAAGUGAGGGAAAGGACUUUUGUACAGUUUGUGACAUGUUCAGGUAAGGUUUGGAAGAAGCUGUAGGAGAAAAGAGAAGAUUGUUCUAAUUGUGUAGAUCCUUCAGAUGAUUUCUUAGAUUCAUGUGUAAGCAGAAGUUAAUUUUGCUCAUGAUUAUUUAUCUCUACCCUUAUCUAGGAGAGAGAGAGAGAGAGAGAGAGAGAGAGAGAGAGAGAGAGAGAGAGAGAGAGAGAGAGAGAGAGAGAGAGAGAGUGUGUGUGUGUGUGUUUGGGAGAAUCUUAACUUAAUGAGCUGUUUUGUUGACUGUCCAGCCAUCACCUGGAUUCUGCUGUCUUCAGCAAGUUUUUCUGAGAUGGGAGAAUCAAACAUCACCUGUCUUUUGUCUUCAUUUCCUUUGCUUCAUGCCCAGCUACCAGUACACAGAUGGACAUAGGAGCUUUCUCCCUAUGAACUCCCAGAAGCAGGCAGCAGCUGGGUAUAUAUCUCUCCUCCUGGUUAUGUGGGGCAGGACUUUGCCUCCCAGAGGCAGAAGAGACAAGUUAGAGAAAUAAUUGGGACCUCCUGUGAAAAUUUGGAGGUUUUAUAAUGCUGGCAUUUAAUGCUGGAGAGACAAGAUUCUUGACUGAUGGUAUGGUAUUUGUAAAUUGUGAAAGUUUAGGAGCAUUGCUUUAUAUAUUUAAGAAAUGUCAGUCAACUUGAUUAGUGUGCUAAAGGGGACAGUAGUAUACUCUCAGUUUAAACUGUAGAGUUUAGGCACUAAUUAUCUGAUACUUCAGUUAGACGUAAGGAAUGAAGCUGACAUAGUGUGAUUUAUAUGGGUGGAUUCUUACUGUCUGCAUAUUUGGAAGCCUUAACUUGUUUAAAGAAAUGAUAGAGGUUUUGAGCAACUGACAGUUUUGAAAGUGGAUUUGAAAACUUUUCUUAUUCUUCAUGAUGCUAUUUCCUGCUUGAUGUCAGUGGUUCAGAUGCUCUUGAUCUUAAGGUAGUGGCUUUUCAAAGAUUUCUUAUAUUUUAUUCUCUUCUGGAUGUGGAUCAUCAUUUUAGAGUUUUGACCUUUGUACCCAAACAGAGGUUGAGGAAAUCUUGGAAACAGCAAUAACUUGCUUUGUCUGUAGCUGUCAGAAGGUCAGCUGGUGGCCCCUGAAAGUCAGUGGCUUUCUUGCCACAAAUCCAAGGGACCAUGGACUUUAUAGGGGAAACUAGUCCCUUCUAGAGGACAGUCCAAAAUUUAUCAAAGGAAGUUCUUCCAUGCUGAAUGCCCUUCAGUACGCAUCAGCGAUGUCUUUAUAAUAUGUUUCCUUUGGGUAAAUUUGGGGUGUUCGUGUAUAUUGGGUUCCAGGCUUUAGAGGAGGCAUGAGACAUAGGAAAGUCUUAUUUUUGGAAAUAGGUAUCACUCACUCUUUGAGACUUAGAAAUAAAUCUAAUGGUAAGAAUACAAGUUUAUCAGCACAAGAAAUAAAAACUGAUUUUUUUCCUUAGUGUAUAGACGUAGUUUUACUGGCAAUAAUUAGUGUUCGGUUUCUAUCAGUACAUAAAUUACAGUAUAAAUUUUACUUCCUGGUUUGACUCCCUCCUUGGUGGGCUUGUUUGUUGUGAUGAUUACUCCUCAAAGACAGAGAGAUGUUCAUAAUAGCUUAAUUUUUUGGUUUUAAUCUUUGUAAAUGAUGUAAUAUAAUUUCUUUUGACUAAACAUAGAAAAGUAACACAUGUUAUACAUUGAAAAGUUUUUACAGGCUUUGGCUGGAAUCAUUUUUGAAGAGAUGGUAUUUUAUAUGCUUCCAGUAUUUGGAAAAGAAUUAGUCAAAAGGAAUCAAAUAAUUUAAAUAUUGACAAAUUAAUAUCCAAAUAACAUACUUGUGUGAUUUUUCUAAUAACCAGGAAAAGUGGGGGGGGGGUUACAAUGUGCAAAUAAAGAGCGAUCUUUGCAUUCAUUUUGACUCUUAACACAAAACUGCUAAAUCGUAACACAUUGUUACUUUAAUAUAUGUAUAAAGUAUUACUGUUUGUAAAGCUGCUGUUUGCUUAAGAAAUUAUCAUGUAAGUAUUUUCUGUACAUUGUGCCAACAGAUUAGAACAUUAAUUUAAUUCGCUGAAAGCUUAUCUUUUUAUUUAAAUUUUUGUGGAAUAUUUUCUUCGCAAACAUCUUUCCUUCUCCUUUGCCCCUUUCAACCUUUGUAUACAUCAUAAACUGAACCCUGGGUAAUGAUAACAUUUAAACUUGGUUGGCACAUUACACCUUAAAAGUAUUUGUAUUGUUUUGUAAUUUAAUUUCUAAAUAUACCACCUCAAUUUAUAAUUUAAUGUCUUAAUUGUAAUGCUCUAAUAAAAACUAGCAAAAUUAGUGGAUUAUACCAAAGAGGAUUUCUGUGUUCUUUUUCUGUGUGAAGGAUAAACAUUAUCCCACAUUCAGAGGUUAAUAACAACCUUUUUGCACUCUGUAAGUACUAGUGGGGGCUUCUCUGCUAAUAAAAGUGAUUAUUGAAAUGCA